CUUUGUUGGAUCGCAAAUGACGAAUAAUGACCCACUGUCAUCCGCAACCGUGCUCUCAAUCACUCCGGGCCCCGCGCGUCCCGCGGCUUCCGUUUCUCUUGAGGUGGUAGACACUUUCUGAGCCCAACUGCAGUCGCUCGCUGCUGGAGACAAAACGAUCGGGCCCCGAAUUGUCCUUGCAGGAUCAUGGAGGAUUCUACGGACGAAGUUCUGCCACCAUCGUCAACUGUGGCAUCUCAAACCCCUGUUCCCAGGGCUGCAAGUCCAACCCGCUCCCACUUCCUCCAAGCCUCCUACUUGAUGCCCGGGCAAGCUUAGCACUAACUGCGAUUAGUGCGAUGCUUGUCGAACACGCAAGUGAAAAGAAGAUCGACCACAUCGACCGGCGCCUCGAUGGGGUCGUCCGACUGCUGGAGGAACUAAAGACGCAGCUGCCUUCACGCUCGCCGACGCCAACGCCAGUGCCCGUGCCCGCUGUGACAGCUAGCUCGAGCACUGUUGCCUCAUCCGGCCCAACAAGCCAUGCAAGCCAUAGCACGAAUGCCGAGUCGACUGAAAACGUGGUUGAAGGAGAGUCUUCGCUGACUGCGCACUCCGUCUUCGCCAACGAUCUUCUCCAGAAGGUCAUGAGCAGAGACUCGAGGCCGGAGAUGAAGGAGAAGAUAGAGGCUCUCCGGCACAUGGUCGAAGUCAUGAAGAAACAGCCGGCCGCCCACGAGAUGACGUAUCCGCACGCAAGGCCUGUUCGACCCGCUGCCUUUGAAGGAUGCGACUUGCCGCCGAUCGAAAAGACGGUACAGGUUCUCAAGCUUGCCAAGUCUCACCAGCAACUCGGCCUGGCGUGGAUUUUCGAGCUAUUUGAGAUGGACCGCUUCCCAGAGACUUGCCUCAAUCUCUACAUGGCUGACGAUUAUAACGUAGCUCACUUCAUCACCGUGAACGUCUCCCUGCACUACCUUUUUUGGACCUACGGCAGCCUCCUCUUGGACAGGCAGGCCGAAUACUUUCGCCUCGCCCACCUCUGCGGGGUGAACAUCGAGACCGCACUGUCCAGCCUGCCUCUGCAUCUGCCAGCAACGGACGAUAUGCUUGUGGCUCUGUCAUUAGGGGCCUUUUACGCCGUUGAGCUCGCAAAGCCCUCGCUCGCCUGGAUUCUUUCGUCCAAAGCGUCCGAGUUGUGCCAGUCUCUAGGUUACCAUCGGAUGGCAACAUUUUUGCAUGAGUCACCAGAACCGGCUCGCCGCAAGCAGUUCCUCUUCUGGAUUGCAUUCAUCCUCGACAAGAGCUUGUCGCUCCGCCUUGGGCGAUCCUCGACCAUUCAAUGUAACGAUAUAACCGUUCCCGAGCCAACAAGCGGUAAUCCGGGCCAUACUCCUAUGAUCACGGCCUUCUUUGGCUUGUGGGUCAUCGGAUCCAGGCUUCAGGGCGAGAUAUAUGAGCUCCUCUACUGCCCCGGAGCCAUCAACCAACCGCACCAUGUCCGGCGCUCACAUGCCGACCUACUUCUACAGCGGCUCGAAGAGCUCGACACGCUCACAGAAGCGGAAGCGAAAAGGUGGGAUGGUCUCUCCAGAGAAAGUUGUGGGAACGACAUGACAGAUUUCUUUGUCUUGUCAGACCACGUUCUCCGCCUCUCGAUCCGGACGCUUAUCCACCGGGCAAUGCCCAACACCCCCGGUUCCCCUACAACCUUCUCGGUGGCCUGCAUCCGAGCCGCGAGAGAGACGCUCGCCCGGCACCAAGAGUGCAUGGCUGUCGUAGAGCGAACCAAGGUUGGACUGUUUUCGACCUACAUGAAUUGGACAAUCCUUUUUGCUCCAUUCGUCCCAUUCAUUGUCUUGUUUUGCCAGGUGAUCGAGACAAGGGACAGGGCAGAUCUCGCUCGUCUGGAAGGCUUCGUUGCCUCGCUCCAGCCACACACAGCUGCCACCGAAGCCGUGGACAAGCUCCGUCGCCUGUUCCACGUGCUCUACAGCGUUGCCUCACAGUAUGUCGAGUCUCUGGUGGGGGCCACGGGGGACGUACAGCAGCCGAGCACAGAGGUGGAUACGUGCCUGGCCGCCCUGGGUUUCUCGUCAUCUCAACCGGUUCCAGGGCAACAGGAGGCGGGUUUCCUACCGGGAAGCGGCAUGGGCGAUUUCAAUGAACAGGCGUCCCAGAGGGGUGUCAACCCGAUGAUUUGGAUGGGGAACGGGACUCAGCUCGAAGACUGGUUCUACAACAACCAGCAAAUGAUGACGUUCUUGGAGGACGGGUUUCCAGAAGAGGUCAGGUGGGGAGGCAGUUGAGCUCAUUGGAAUGAUCCACCUGCCGGACGUAUCCAGAGUUCAUAAGCCACAUCUGCAGCCGGGAUUAGCUGUGGGCUUUUGUUUGUACUAUGGUUCAAGUUGUACUUGUACAAGAACCUCUAGUAUGACUGGAGAUCAAUGUUGUCGGCAAAAAGCGAUUGACCUGCGGCGGCGUGACCGCUGGUACUUCCCCGGCCUUAAUAUUCCGCUGCGGCCGGCUUUGUUUGGAAGAGCCCGCAAGAAACAUCCAGAUCUCACCUGUUGACGCUGUACCUCGUCACGUUGAGUGCGGCUGUAGGCGGCGGCAGUUUAUUUUCGGGCUAUUUCUCUGAGUUUGGUGUAACCUACCUCACCUACAUAGUGCUUGGUGUCCAGUUUCUUGGACCCGCGCUCUGCCGAUCAAUGUCGCACUGCCUGGCAAUACGAGCUCCGAGCGCAUGCUCAGAUUGUCGGCUGGAAUGUCCUGCACAACAAUACG